CCGCGCCGGCAGCGCGAUGGCGGCGGCCCGGCGGGGGCGCCCGAGCGGCGGCGGCCCACGGGCGGGGCGCGGGGUGCCUCAGCGCCGGCGAAAGCGGCGCGGUGGAGGCCCGUCCUGCUGCGCAGCUUCGUGGGCAGCGUCCAGGAGGGACGAGGAUUUGCAUUUCGGAGGAAACAAAAGAUCGAAAGACAGUACAGGAGAUUAUUGAGAAAGGGAAGAAAGGUCCGUUCCCAACAGGAUGAUCAGUUCACUGAUACCUAUCCUGAGCACUUGAAACAUCUUUACCUCGCAGAGGAAGAAAUGCUUAAGAAGCGGAGGCACAGGACACCAGAGGAUUCAGUGUUAUCAGAACAAAAGCUUAAUAAAGCAGAAGAGUCAGUUGUGACUGAAGGGAAGUUUAAGAAGAAAACAUCCAAUCAGAAGGCGAAAGAAGAGUACGAGAAAAUAAAGGCUGAGCGUGCUAGGAAGAAAGAGGAAGCAGAAAAAAGAAAACAACAAAGAGAAGAAGCUCAACGGUUGUACAAGCAAAAGAAAAUGGAAGCUUAUAAAAUAUUGAGUAAGAAGACUAAAAAAGGGCAGCCAAAUCUAAACUUACAAGUAGAGUUUCUUCUUCAGAAAAUACAGCAAAAUACCUAAACUUCUGCAUAUAUUUGAGUUACCUGUGGACAUUUUAUUAAAUUACUUUUAAUAAAUAAUUUUGUUUCUAUGUUACUUUUGUUAUUGACUUGAUUUAUCUCAUCAGUCCAGUAGUGAUAUAUUCAUCCUGAAAAUAUGAAAAUAUUCAUCCUGAGAGUAAGAGAGAGAUCUGGUACCUUGAAAAUAAAUGGUCUGGAUUUCUAAACUUAAA